AUGCGCCGCGUCUCGAAUACCACCACCGGCAGUGACACGCCACAACUCUACUGUCGCACCCGUCCGCUUCAAAGGAACUGUCGAUGCUCCGCCAGAAUUGCAAAGAGCGGUCUUCCCGCCAUGAAUGUUUGGGCUCCGUUGGACGAUGAAACACAAUCAAAGGAAUUCACAACUUCUCGGAAGACAACCAUUCGGCCCAAGGCGACUGUCAAGAAGUCCGAGUAUCCCAAUCUCAGCACACCUGACCUGUACGAAUUGGCACAUGCUGCGGCGGCCAAGGGCAAUAGCCGAGAGGCUAUGCAAAUGGUCGAGUACCUGGUGCGCGAACGACGUGAAUCCCCUAAUCUUCGCCUAUACUCAAUUUCAAUCCUCGCCAAUGUUCAUCCGACCGAAGGUUCUGCUAGGAGCGUGGCUCGUCUGCUGGCUGAAAUGGAGGAUGAAGGACUGCAAAUGAACGUACAGAUCUGUCACGACGCACUGCGUGUACUAAGUGUUCACAUGGACUACUUGCUGCGCAUGGAUAUUCUACAAUACAUGCGUCGCCAAUGGUUGCAGUUGAAUACCGAAGGUUAUCACUGGGUUGGUGCAGCCUUGUUUCGAGAAGGCCAACUUGAAAUGGGUUACAACCACCUCGAAGAGAUGCGGAAGGACAAUGUGCCGAUUCAAAGUUGGCUCUACGACAUUGCCGUAUAUACCAUGCUCGAAAUGAAUGAGUUCGACGACGCCUUGACCAUAGUCAAAGACCGCAUUGCUGCCAACGACUGGAUCGUCAACCGGAAUCUUUGGGCUCAUAUGCUCGACCGCGCGGCAGCCUUCUUCCACUAUCGUAGCGCCGUAUAUGUCUGGAACAGCCAAGUUAUCCCUGGUUAUUUGAUUCCUUCAUCGGGAACCUGUCUAAACGUUCUUACUACAGCUGCUCGCAAGGGUGAUGCGGCCCUGGCGACCUCUGUCUUUCAUGUUCUGGGCAAGCGCAGCACAAACUUCAAGCAAAUUCACUAUGAUCAACUUCUGACUACCUACAUGUCUGCUUCGCCACCCGACCUUCGCGCCGCCUUCACUGUCCUCACCAUCAUGGCGAAUGUGAAGAUACCUCCGACCUCUGUAUCCACGCGCCCUAUCCUGACACACCUUGUUCGUAACCCUUCCGACUGCGCGACCGCCUUCGACAUUAUAACGUCUCUCCACGAAAGUGGUCGGGAAGUUCCUAUUGCGGCAUUGAACGUACUGAUAGAGGGAUAUGUCGAAUCAAACCAACUCGAGCAAGCCUUAGUGGCCUACAAACACAUGCAUCUUUUCGAACAACUCACUUUGGACAAACAUGGCAAACCUAUACGUCGGAGCCGAUCUUAUAGCACCCUCGACACCUUCAACAUCCUUCUUCGUGGCGCAGCAAAACCCAUCGCUCAACAGGCUUACGAUUUAGCGAUGUUCCUGGUAUCUGAGAUGUUGGCAUUAGGCGUUCGACCUGAUGCUCUUGUCUACGACCGCCUGGUGAUCAUCUGUAUCCAAGACGCAAAGUUGGACCAUGCAUACCGUUACUUUGACGAGAUGGAAGAGCUGGGAUUCAUGCCCAGAUCGCGCACCGCUGAGUUGCUGGCAAAAGCAUUGGCGGAGAAGGCAGAUAGUAGAUGCUGGGAUGUUUUGCAGAGAAUGCAAGACAGAGGGGUUGCAGUGGAUGAGAGACAGAGGUCUGUUGUGCUGAACAUAUAUUCAGGAGCUGAACAAAACAAUGGGGGUAAGUUCUUGGAUAUGAUCGAGUAG